GGCGGCGGCGGGGGCGGCGGCGGGGGCGGCGCGGGCGGCGGGGCGGAGGGCGAGUCGUACCUGGACGCCAAGCAGCGCGCGCUCGACGAGGCGGCCGAGCGGAAGAUCGCGCAGAUCUACCGCGACUACCAGGACGAGAUCAACAACUACGAGACGCUGCAGAAGGAGGAGGCGAUCUCGAAGACUGCGCGGGUGCUGGAGGAGGCGGACAUCUCGGAGGAGAAGCGUGACGUCAUCCACCGCGAGAUCGGCAAGUUCCGUGAGAGCAUGAAGGAGAGGGACAAGGAUAGGGAGAGGGACCGCGACCGCGAGCGCGAGCGGGACAGGGAUAGGGAGAGGGACAGAGAUCGCGAUAAGGACAGGCGACGACGAAGCGUGUCCAGGACAAAAGAACGAGAACGAGAACGAGAAGAACGGGAAAGGGAAAGGGAGAGGGAGAGGGAGCGAGAAAGAGAACGUGAGAGGGAAAAAGAGCGAGAGCGGGAAAGAGAAAGAGAGGUACGUGAACGUGAGAGGGAGAGGGAGAGAGAGCAACGGGAGAGGGAGCGCGAGCGCGAGAGGGAGCGGGACAGAGAACGCGAGCGGGAGCGCGAGCGUGAGCGAGAGCGAGAGCGCGAGCGGGACAGGGACCGCGACCGGGAGCGGGAGCGGGAGAGGGAGCGGGAGCGGGAGCGGGAGCGGUCGCGCGGGCGCGGCGAGGCGGACGCGCGCCGCGACAAGGAGCUGGAGGAGGAGGCGCGCGACAAGAAGCGCCUCGAGAAGCGCGCGCGCGAGAAGGAGGCCGCCUACCAGGAGCGGUUACGCAAUUGGGAGAGUCGCGAGCGGCGCAAGUGCAAAGAGUACGAGCGGGAGAAGGAGAGGGAGCGAUGUCGCGAGGAGGAGAGGGAGCGAGAGGCCAAGCGUCUCAAGCAGUUCCUAGAGGACUACGACGACGAGCGAGACGACCACAAGUACUACAAGGGCAAGGAGCUGCAGCGGCGGCUGGGCGCGCGCGUGCGCGAGGCGGAGGGCGACGCGCGCGAGCGGGCGCGCGAGCAGGCCGAGCUGGACGCGCUGCGCGACCACAUCUUCGGCGAGCGCGCGCGCGACGACCCCGCCGCGCUCGCCGCCUUCGAGCGGACUUGGUUUGACAUUCUGUACUUUCAACAUUUAGUGUGUAAGUUAGAGUAUGAGGAGAGGAGAUGCAUCCGGUCUAACAAUAGAGGGAAUUCAGUCGGGAGAGGGCGAGGGCGAGGGCGAGGGCGACUCACGGUGUCGUGUCGGUGGCGGCGGUGGCGGUGGCGGCGCGGCGGCGUGUCGGCGCGCGGCGGCGUGAGCGAGGGCGGCGGCGAGGCGGGCGAGGCGGGCGAAGCGGGCGAAGCGGGCGAGGCGGGCGACGCGCCCGACGCGCGCGCCGUGCCGCCCGACGCCGCCGACCCGCCCGAGCACACGGCGCCGCUGGCCACAUACAAGCUUCACUUUCAUACUUAUUUAUGCGGGGGCGCGGGCGCGGGCGGGGGCGCGGGCGGGGGCGGCGCGGGGGGCGCCGGCGGGGGCGCGGCGGGCGCCGCCGGCUCGGUCGGCAGCUCACCCAUCUCCAUCAGCUUCAAGAGCAAGUCGCCCGGCCUCACGCCCAACGCGGAAUCCGGUAGCAGUGUUAACACUCACGUGAGUGCCCACGUUCACGGUCACGGACAUGGUCACGGUCACGGUCACGGUCACGCACACGGUCACACGCGGCGCGUGCACGCUGCCUUCGCUGAUGAUGAUGAACCAGAACAUAGACAUGUUAAAGAAAAGAAAGACAAAGAGAAACGGAAACGGGAACUAAGUGAGAGCGAUAAAGGCGAGAAAGGUGAGAGGGGGGAAAGGAGUGAAGGAGAGAGGGAGAAGGAGAACAAAAGCGCGGAGGAGAAGAGGAAACAGGUGAAGAGCCUCAUCGACAAGAUCCCCACGCAGAAGGAAGCUCUAUUCCAAUACAAGCUAGAUACUGAUCAGAUCGACGCAACGUUAAUGGAGAAGAAGAUCAGGCCGUGGAUCAACAAGAAGAUCAUCGAGUACAUCGGCGAGCCCGAGCCCACGCUCGUCGACUUCAUCUGCAGCAAAGUGCUCGCCGGCUCCGCGCCUGCCACCAUCCUCGACGACGUGCAGAUGGUGCUGGACGAGGAGGCGGAGGUGUUCGUGGUGAAGAUGUGGCGCCUGCUCAUCUACGAGCUCGAGGCCAAGCGCGCCGGCCUGCACAAGUAGGCGCGCCGGGACACGCGCCGGGACACGCGCCGCGGGGCACCGGGGAGCUGCCCCGCGGUGCUGCCGACGAGCACUGACCCCGCCCGCCGCACGUGUCCGGCGUACGCGCACUUAGAUGGACGAGAAAUGCAGAAGAAUUACAUUUUGCAUCGUGUUUUGGAAUUAACCACUUUAUUACGAAUUCUCCUUCAAACAGAAUAGCCGUCAUGUGAAAGAUUUGUUUAUAAAUAAGUGGUUAAAUAUAAAAUACGUGCAAGCUUCGAGUGUAAAAUUUUCUGUUCAUUGUCAGAUGUAUAAAACUGAUAUUGUAUCGUCAACUUCCAUUCCAUUUUGCGUUUUAAGCGUCCCGUUGAUGAACUCUACCGUGCAUGGAAGCAAAUGGAGAAUACUUUUAGUACCGAUAAAGCUACUUGUGAAUAUUAUGUAAUACGUUUAAUGCGCAGUCAUUGUUGACGAGAUCAUUGUUAAAAGCAGUGAUACAUAAUAAUGGAGUAUCCUUGUAUAAAUUGAAAGGAAGUACACAUAAGUGGUGACAAUAAUGCUUGAAAACAACUGGACCGAAUUUAUUCUGUAUUGAUAACGUGAAUGUUUGUAACGGUCCGAAAAAUAUGAAAGGCUAUGAAAUAUUGAAAAUAAGUUAAUUUGGGAAAACUGAAAAGGCUUUUUGUAUGAGAUAGGCAGAGAUAAGGACAGUUACUUGUGAAUAUAUUUUGUUAAAGGUAAUUUCCGACAUGCCAUAAAUGCUCCAUUAUAUAUGCUCGUAUCAAUUUUUUAUUACAUCUGUAUAUGAACUCGCAAACCGACUGGUUUUCUACAAGACAUUUUUGUUCCGAAUGAUUUGUAAGCGAACCUAGCGUCGUGCGUUUUGUAUUCUUGUAAAAUACGAUAAUGUAACGUUAGUGAGUGCGAGCGAGACGGCAGUAAACCGUCUGUGUGAGUGGGGAAGAGAUGGCUGAUUGUAUGUUAGGACCAGUUGAUAUGCUCUAGUAGUACGUACUAAAUAAAUAUUAUUACAAA